GGUGGUUUGCUUGGAGAGAGGAGGGGUGGGGGAAGCGGGGCUCGGGAUUACUACGAGUUCAUUCGAAGCGCACUGUCGAUGAAAUGUGUCUGGGAGGCGAUCGAGUAGUUGUGUGGACCGAGCGAGGGCUUGCUGGUGGUGUUGCUGGUGGUGUUGCUAGUGUUUCUGCUGGUGUUGCUAGUGUUUCUGCUGCUGCUGCUGCUGCUGUCACUAUAUGGCUGCUGUGCCCAGUGUGCCAGAGUGGAAACAAGAUACGGCUUCCCGCACAGACGAGGUAGGCGAACCCAAAGUCGGACGAUUGACCCAGGCUACGGCGGAGCGGCGCGGGAGAUUGUCAAAGCGGCGGAGCCCAGUGUGUGGUUGCUGGAAAAAACUUCGGGAGGGCAGGUGUCAAGGCGCACGAAGCUGAGACAGAAUGGCAAUGGCAGAGGUGAGAGACUGGAAGGUGGUGGAUGAGGCGGCGAGUCUGGGCAGUGGUUAAUCGGGCAUUGGACACAGGCAAAAAAACACGGCGCUGAUGCAGCGGUAUUUAUACGCAGCGGCAGCCACGGUGUAGACGUGGAGAGGUGGAGGAGGCGGCUGUUUGGCGCUAAGCAAGUGGAAGAUUCAGGAACACCACCAUUCUGCACUAGCCCCUUUUGCCGUUGCUGACUGGUGCCUCUCCC